AGCUCCGUCCGCUCGUUGCCGCCGCCGCCUCCUCGGGUCCCUGCUCUCCGCGGAGCCGUCAGGUCUGUGGCUUCAUACCAGAGGGACGCACAAUGUUCUCCAAGCUUGCGCAUCUACAGACCGUUGCUGUGCUGCGUCGAGGAAUUCAUUUUUCAGUGGCUUCUGCCACAUCCGUUGCAGCUAAAAAGACAGUGCAAGGCCCUCCGUCCUCAGAGUACAUCUUUGAGCGGGAAGCGAAAUAUGGUGCACACAAUUACCAUCCUUUACCCGUGGCCUUGGAGAGAGGAAAAGGUAUCUAUGUGUGGGAUGUAGAAGGCAGAAAAUACUUUGACUUCCUGAGUGCUUAUGGUGCUGUCAGCCAAGGGCACUGUCACCCCAAGAUUUUGAAUGCCCUGAAGACUCAGACAGACAAGCUGACCUUAACGUCUCGGGCCUUCUACAAUAAUGUACUUGGUGAAUACGAGGAGUACAUUACUAAACUUUUCAACUACCAGAAAGUGCUUCCUAUGAAUACAGGAGUAGAGGCUGGAGAGACUGCCUGCAAACUUGCCCGUCGGUGGGGUUACACUGUGAAGGGCAUUCCAAAAUACAAGGCAAAGAUCAUUUUCGCAGCUGGAAACUUUUGGGGUAGAACAUUGUCUGCCAUCUCCAGUUCUACAGAUCCAACCAGUUACGAUGGGUUUGGACCCUUCAUGCCAGGUUUUGAAAUAAUCCCGUACAAUGAUCUUCCUGCACUGGAGAAAGCGCUUCAGGAUCCAAACGUGGCUGCCUUCAUGGUGGAACCAAUUCAGGGUGAAGCUGGCGUGGUUGUUCCGGAUCCGGGCUACCUCGUGGGAGUGCGGGAACUCUGCACCAGGCACCAGGCCCUGUUCAUUGCUGAUGAGGUGCAGACGGGAUUGUGCAGGACAGGAAGAUGGCUGGCUGUUGACCAUGAGAACGUCAGACCUGACAUAGUUCUUCUCGGAAAGGCGCUCUCUGGCGGGUUAUACCCCGUGUCUGCGGUGCUGUGUGAUGACGAGAUAAUGCUGACCAUUAAACCAGGGGAACACGGCUCCACCUACGGUGGCAACCCGCUGGGCUGCCGGGUGGCCAUCGCGGCCCUGGAGGUUUUGGAAGAGGAGAACCUUGCUGCAAACGCAGACAAAAUGGGGACUCUGCUGAGAAAUGAGCUCCAGAAGCUGCCCUCAGACAUCGUAACCACCGUGAGAGGAAAGGGGUUGUUGAACGCCAUUGUUAUCAGAGAAACCAAAGAUUACAAUGCGUGGGAGGUGUGUCUCCGGCUCCGCAACAAUGGGCUCCUGGCCAAGCCCACGCACGGGGACAUCAUCCGGCUGGCUCCUCCGCUGGUGAUCACGGAGGAUGAGGUCCGAGAGGCGGUGGAGAUCAUUAACAAGACCAUCCUGUCUUUCUGAGGCCCUGCCCGGGACGCCACGCUCAGCCUGGGCGCCUUCCAUUCCACGUGUCUUCAGAACUUUUUUUUUGUUGAGCACAUACAUAGUUUUAGUGGCUGCGCGGCGGGGUGACUGUCCCGUGCCCGAGAAGGAAUGCCUCUCCAGCGCGGGCUUGUGGUGGACUUCCCAGGGUGAAUGGCAUCUGUCUGUGCGUAUCGAAACGGCCUUCAAAUCAAGUCCUCUGUGCGAUUUAGACACUUUUUCUUAUUAUAAUUUCUUUGCUGGUGUAAAUGUUUUAUAUUUGAAAAAACUUACUAGAAAAAAUCACAUAAGAGAUUUGCCUCAUUUUAUAAAGUUGAAGACUUGCUUCACUUUCUAACGCUGAGCCAUAGUAAUCACUGGAUAUCUGGUGACUAACGGCUCCGCAUGUAAGAUGCUAGUUUUAAAGAGUGAACUUUAUAUUGGCCAACACCAAGAGUGUAUUGUAUUGAUGUCAUUAUUUUGAAUUAAAAACAUUUCUAAGUUAUAGAUGCUCCAUUAUAAUCUAUUAAAAAGUUUAUUUCCACUACUUCUUUAAAUUUAUAAUGAAGCUUAUGUAAAAUGAGUGUUUUGUGAUCGGUGUUCUGUCAGGUGGUCCUGCCUGGUACCCCGAGUUUUUAAGCUCCUUGAACCCAUUUUCCCCUUGCUUUUUUUUCUGGCACUUUCAUUUGGUGAUCUAGGGGAAAAAUGGAGUAGAAAAUCCUGAAGACAAGUCUCUAACACUUUGCUUCAAAGUGGCUGGCUUUUUUCUUGCACAUAUUUAUCAUUACUUUAAAAUUAUCUUUACGUGAUACUUUACAACUUUUCUGUCCUUCCUUCCCCCCAUAUUAAAAAAUAGCAUCAUUUAUCUGAUUUUCUUUAUAAAAAAAAUUUGAACAGCAUUUUGUAUUUCCAUGUUAGUAAUUCUAAGUGUUUCUCAUUCUCAAAUGAUGGCAGUGUUGGCCACACUGGAAGCCAGCACGUGUGGCUGUAUUGUAAGUUCAUCCCAUUGCAGAACCUUUGGGCUUAUUUCAAGGAUUUCACUUUAAAUAAAGCUGUGACUGCUUCCUA